UAUCCAUCAUUUGUGCGGCUGGGAAUAGGUCAUUCAAUAGUCGUGUUGUAUCCGGUGGCAUUUCAGCAAAUGAAUCUGCCGAAGCACUUAUCGGAAGAAGAAAAGUGUGGACAAAAUGGCCUGAAGACAACAACUUUUAUGAAGCAAUUAUAACCCAGUACAACGCAGCUGAGGGUCGGCAUGCUUUGGUGUAUGAUAUACACGCAGCAAAUGAGACGUGGGAAUGGGUUGAUCUCAAGGAGAUUCCUCCGGAAGAUAUAAGGUGGGAUGGAGAGGAGAGUGGGGUAGCUUUAAACGCUGGACUUGGAAGUGGAUCAAUCCGUGGCAACAGAAGGAACUACCAAAGCAAUAUUGGUAGAGGGAGAGGACCAAGAAUUCAUCAACCGAGAAGAGAAUUUUUACCAACACAACAGAAUGGUGGUGGUGGUGGUGACCGGAUAACUUCAUCUGAUGAUAUUGAAUUGUUCAACACUGAUUCGCUUGUGAAGGAGGUGGAGAGAGUUUUCGAUAUUGCUCAUCCUGAUCCUUUUGAGCUUGACAAGGCCAAGAAAAUGCUCAAGGAACAUGAACAGGCGCUUAUUGCUGCCAUUGCAAGGCUUGCGGAUACUUCUGAUGGUGAGCUCGAUGGAGAUCCACCAGAUUCGCAUGACCAUCCAAUGGCACAGGGAUGAUGGAAAAGCUGUCUGUAAUAUUAAUGGUGUUUGGUUGUCAUCUCUGGAUUUAGAAAUAAACAAUGUUGGUAACCUGACAAAGAAGAUGGGAGAUUAGUCUAAGUGUUGUUUCAAAUUGUGAUGAGCAAAAUGUAAGAAAGAAUUGUUAGGAAUGGGGGAUUAAGUAGGAUUGAGGCUGUUGUAUGCACAUGAUUUGUCUGAGGGAAAAAAUGUAACCUGUGAGACUAUUAUUGACCCAUGUAAAUUUCCCUGUAGACAUGCCAUAAAAAAUGCACAGAGCUUUUUGUGUUCUAAAAA